AGUUAAAGACAACUGCGUGUCAGGGGGAGAUCUCCUUGACGUCCCCAAAGGAGGGGGGAAAGUUGGAGACCAAGGAGAACAUGGGGGUGGACGAGGAGUCCAAGCAGCUCACUGCGUUUGGGAAGGCCUUUCAUGACUUGACCCAUUCAGAGAGGGUGAUUGACGACCUGACGUUUGGUCGGCGGGUGGGACUUUACGAGCUGAGAGGAGAGAUCGGAUCGGGAAACUUCUCCCGGGUUAGAUUGGGGAUUCAUGACCUGACCAAAGAGAAAGUGGCAGUAAAAAUCCUGGACAAAGUGCGUCUGGGCAAGAAAUCGAAAGCGCCUUUCGCCUCGGAAAUUUCUUGCAUGGAGAAGCUGAAUCACCCAAAUAUCGUCCGCCUGUAUGAGGUGGUGGAGACGUUCAAGAGGCUCUACCUGGUGAUGGAGUACGCCAGCGGAGGAGAACUGUUCUCCCGCAUCAGCACCAGGGGGCGUCUGUCGGACCUGGAGAGCAAGCUGGUGUUUUCUCAGGUCACGUCUGCAGUCAAACACAUGCAUGAUAAUAAUAUCAUCCACAGGGACCUGAAGGCAGAGAACGUCUUCUACACCAACACCUACUGCAUUAAAGUGGGCGACUUUGGUUUCAGCUCGAUCUGCCGCCCCGACGACGUCCUUCACACGUUCUGCGGCUCCCCGCCUUACACGGCCCCCGAGCUGUUCAGGGAGAAGGGCUACGUCGGCAGAUACGCCGACAUGUGGGCGCUGGGGAUCUUGCUCUACUUCAUGGCGACCGCCACGCUGCCAUUCAAAGCGACAAACACAGGGCGGCUGAGGUGUUGCAUCCUGCAGGGCUCCUACGCCAUUCCGCCCUACGUACCUAGGCCGUGCAGGGAGAUCAUCGCCGGCCUCUUGAGGCCGGUUCCCGUCGAUCGCCUCACCGCGAGCCAGAUCGCGGACAGCGACUGGAUGAGAGGCAUCGACGGCCCCGGGGCAUACCUGUCCUGUAGCCCCUUGCCCUCCCACCUGGUCGAGCCCGCCCACGGCGUCCUCAGCGCGGAUGAACUGAAAGUGAAGGCGGCGCUGGAGGACCUCGGCAUCACCGGGGUGCAAGUCCUCAGCAGCCGCCUGGACCUGAAGAGCCCCAUCAACGGCACUUAUCGGAUUCUGCUGCACCGUAUGCAAAAGAGAAGGACCGUGGAGGCCGUGGGCUACAGCCCGAUGUGCGCCAAAGAGUCCCAGAACGGACCCACGUGGAGGACGGGCUCAGACGGCCGCUUAAACAAACACCACUCUGUGGUCUGCGUCGUCAUGUAG